AUUUAUAAGAUAUAUUUAUUCGAACGAAUAAACUCGCAGACGAGUUUUAUGUGGAAAUCGAAAGUCCAUGAAAAGAAAGUACUGGAAAGUUCUGCUACUUCUACUAGAAAUCGUUGUUUGAAGCGGGGACUUACUUGUUUGCACUCUGCAUUUACCAUUAGCUAAUCAAUCAAUUAUUUAUUAGUAAAACACCCUUUCACUUAAUAAUUUUGGAAUACUUAAUAUUAUUUAUUUUUUUGUUUAGGAUACUUGUCUUGUGUUAAAUUUGUUAUUAAGAUGGAAACUGAAACCCAGAAUUACAGUCCUGGUCCAAAUGCAGAGGAUAUUACUCCUGACAAAAGCAAAGGUGUUUUAAAGGAAAUAAUUACUCCUGGAGUAGGGGAAGACACUCCUUGCAAAGGCAAUAAAGUCUCUGUUCAUUAUACUGGCAAAUUGUUAGAUGGCACCAAGUUUGAUUCAAGUGUUGAUCGAGGGGAGUUCUUUGAAUUCAAUCUUGGAAAAGGUGAAGUUAUCAAAGCAUGGGAUGUUGGUGUAGCUACAAUGAAAAAAGGAGAAAAAUGUAUCCUGUAUUGUCAUCCAGAUUAUGCAUAUGGCAAAAAGGGUAGUCCACCUAAAAUUCCUGAAAAUGCUACUUUGGUAUUUGAAGUUGAACUGUUUGAUUGGCAGAUGGAAGAUCUAAGUCCUGAAAAUGAUAAAUCAAUAUUGCGUUCUUUAAUAGUUGAAGGUGAAGGCUAUGCUACUCCUGGAGAUGGCUCUAAUGUGGAAGUGAAACUUGUUGGUAAAUAUGAUGGCAAAAUUUUUGAAGAUCGAGAAGUGAAAUUUGAGAUUGGAGCAGGAAUUGAUGUUAAUGUUGUAGAGGGUAUUGAGAUAGCAUUGCAAAAGUUUAAAAAGGGAGAACAGUCCAGAUUAAUUUUGAGUCCAAAAUUUGCUUUUGGAGCAGAGGAAAAGAAAGACUUUGGCAUACCUCCUAAUGCUACUGUUGAAUAUGAAGUUACAUUGCAAAAUUUUGAGAAGGAAAAAGAAAGUUGGAAUAUGACAUCUGAGGAAAAGUUAGAACAGUCUGAAAUAGUGAAAAAUAAAGGAACAAAUUAUUUUAAGGCUGGUAAAUAUGAGAUGGCAACAAAACAGUAUGAUAAAAUAAUUUCAUACCUUCAGCAUGAAUCAGAAUUAGAAGGUGAACAGUUACAAAAGAAAAAUUCGUUACUUGUUGCUGGUUAUCUUAAUCUUGCUGCUUGUUACUUAAAACUGGAAAACCAUUCUAAAGUCAAAGAAAACUGUGAAAAAGCUUUAGAAUUGGAUUCAAAGAAUGAAAAGGGUCAUUUUAGAAUAGGCCAGGCUCAUCUGGCUUUAAAUGAUUUUGAAUUAGCCAAAGAUAGUUUUGAAAAAGCGUUAGAAAGUGAUCCAUCAAAUAAGGCAGCCCAAAAAAGUAUUUUGAUUUGUAAAGAACGUAUUAGAAAACAGCUGCAGAAGGAAAAGCAAAUGUAUCAAACUAUGUUCAAAAAGAUGGCACAAGAAAAGGAUCUAGAAGAAGAGCCUUCAAAAACAUCAAACCCUGAAAACGGUUUGGCUGAAAAGAUAGAGAGUGAAGAAACAGUACAAGUUUAGAUGUUGUAUAGGAUAACUGAUCCAUUUAUCAUUCAUUGUAAUAAUAGUCAUGUAUAUUUGUUUUGUAACAGUUUUUUUAUUAUAAAAUAAACUCUUACACAUAAGCAA